GUCAUUAAGGGGUGAUGGUGGGUCCCGCAGCCAGACCAGUUGAGAACCACUGCUGAAGAGUGCUGCAGGGAUCAUGUAUUUUUGUCGGGCAGCCCCGGAAGUUCGCGUCACACUGGUUCCAGUGGUUCAACAAAAACUAUUACUAAAUUAUUGCAGAAAAUAAGCUCUGUGGCAAACUCAAGUAUUUGCAUUCGGCAGAUGUGAAAAGCUAACGUCAGGCACCCCAGCAUCACUCUAUACGCAACAGGCCCAAAAACAAACAUGGCACCAUCUGGUGAAUCCGAGACUUCUUCUCUAUCUGUUGUUGCAGCUGUAUGAGCACAAAGUUCCUCUCAGAUCUCUUACGAACAUGGUGCUAUUAUUGAUGGAAAACCUCUCCAUCCUGUGAAAUGCGAUCUCUUCUCCCCACACGCUCAGCUUUAAGUGAAAUGUCGUUAUUGAUCUAUUUUUGAAAUACGUCUUUUCAUCAUAUCAUCCUUCCUUCUAUAAUACAGGACAUCAGUGUCUGCCACAGACUUCGCUUUUAUACACACAACACACACACACACACACACCUUUGGCCAUCAUCCUUAUAGGUAGAGUAUUCAUCUACAUGCAAUAUUAUGAAAGGGAUACUUCAGGAGUCACUCACAACCUAAAGUCCACCCCAAAGGACUAUCACACAAAACUACUUUUCAAGCCUCAUGUUUGAAUAAACAAAUAUGAGUUACAACUCAUUUGCAUACUCAUUUGUAUUAGUCAUGAGAAACACCUUUCUUCAUCCUCCCAUAUUCAAAUCAAAGUGUCCGUGUGUGUGUGUGUGUGUAUGUGUCUAAAAGAGAAAGAGAGAGAGAGAGAGAGAGAGAGAAAGAAUUUCCAUAAUUUUUUUCUGUGACAGGAGACUCACAAGUUAGCCAUUAGCUUCUGUAUGACAUGCACUAGGCUUUCAGGAAACUACAACGUAAAAUCAUUUGCGUCAUCAUUAGACGUUGCAGAGAAAAGGCUUCAGGAUUGUUAUGACGAAGUUUAAAGUCCAGACAAGGACACAGGACAUUUAAACCAGGAGACCGGUGUGCGUGUUUCAGUGUUUGUGAUGCAUUUUCCGUGCUUAUGUUACAUUGUUUUCGCGUUACUUGGUUUACUUACUUAUUUUAAGCCCAACUACUUCUCCUAACUAAGUGGUUUUGCCGCCUGAACAUGACCGAGUGUUUUUGCUUGACUUCACGACGUUAACCGUGUGUUUACUGCGACCGUGCUCGUGCGGCUACCCAGUGCGUUACAAAGUGAUGCCAAGUUGUCUGAGAAAGCGCCAGCAUGUGACAAGUGGGAACGAGAACGUGUUGCAAACACGUGCAGCGUGAGUCAGACCGACUUCAGAGCUGUUCUGUCAAACGGUGAGCACUUCUGGCGUGUCUGCUGCGCAGAUGUUCCCAUCCCUCUGGAUCAGGGGAAAGACAUUUGUUAAUUAAACCAUUUGUCUAACUAACUGAAUUGGUAGAAGGAUGUUGUACUCACACAAUUUGUGCAUUAAUAAUAUUCAUUUUCAAUAAAAAUGUUUCCACUUUUUGGAGUGUACUGUGUUCCUCCAUAACAAGAGGCAUCAAGAGGUACAAAGGAGGGGGGGGAAUUCCUCCCAUGAUUCAAUACAUGAGUCAUGUGGUAAUAUAAGCUUUUUUUGAGCCUAUGACUCUUUGUACUUGCACACAACACGCAUUACAUCAGAUGUCGACAUGCCGGAGGACAGUACCACAAUGUAUUGCCACCAACUUUUUGUCUGCGUCAGUGCCCUUUUUCUAUUAAGUUACACACUCUAUUUCUGAGUCUCUAAUGGUAAAUUUAUAUCUAAUGGAACCCCGAGGGAAAAACGUCUGUUACUGUAGGAACGGCUGUCCUGCAAUGUGUUCGUAGUGGCUGUAAAUGUCUUUUUCUAACACGACAAAUUGGCGCUUGGUAGAUGUUAACCUGAAAUAGAGAAUCAGACUGAAUUAGAGACUCACACUUCUCAGACUGCUGCAGUAACUGCUGCAGUACAUUUAACUCAAAUUUAAUUUAAAUGCUCAAUAAAAAGUUAGAUGCAUAACUUAACGUAAAAAAAGAUCGUUUUAGAUCUUGCGCUCUUGCACAUAAGUAAUUUGCUUUCUCCGAUUCAUUUCAAAUUGAGUAUCCUGACUUUCUUAACAGCUUAUAGUGCAGCAGAAGUAAAGCAAACACGCAGCAUAAAAUAGGAUUUGUGACAUGUGCAUUAGUCAUAUUGUUGCAGAGUUUUGUUUUCCCCUUAAACUGAGUAGACACUACACUCACAUCUAGGUCAUGUGGUCCAGCAGGGAGAGCAAAGCCCCCAGUGUAACACUUUGUUUUUACAUGAUUAAGAUCAGAGCCACUGGGGCUACUGCCACUGCAGUCACAGUCUGAUUUAAAUGAUGGGCAGAUCUCAGUUUAAUGUACAAGCAGAGAAACUGGUGGUAGGCUAUAACACUCAUUAUUUAAGAAAAUAGGAGCGUUGUAAGUGACAGAGGUGACAGCUCAAUUCUUUGUGGAAGUUAAAAGAAAAACAUUCUCAGUUGAGCUAGGUCCCAGAAUCCUUUGGUCCAGACUCAAAUAUCUCAACAACGAUUGGAUGGUUUAUAUAAAGAUUCAUGGUGCCCUGAGGACGAAUCCUCCUGAUGUUGGUGUUCCCCUGAGCUUUAAAGCUACUACAAGAAACUUUAAUUUUGUGUUGAAUCUGGUGGCCCCUGUGGAUGAAAGUGGUAGUGCGGUCCCUGACGAUGAAAUUGGUAGUGCGGUCCCUGUGGAUGAAAGUUGUAGUGCGGUCCCUGACCAUGAAAGUGGUAGUGCGGUCCCUGUGGAUGAAAGUUGUAGUGCGGUCCCUGACGAUGAAAGUGGUAGUGCGGUCCCUGUGGACGAAAGUUGUAGUGCAGUCCCUCAUGAUGAAAGUUGUAGUGCAGUCCCUGACGAUGAAAGCUGUAGUACGGUCACUGUGGAUGAAAGUUGUAGUGUUUCCGACCACCAGAUUCCCUUUAGAACACCUUUAAUUUUACUUCAGCAUGGUCUGAGAGUCUGCCCCACGCAUUGCUGGUUCUCCCGUUCCUCCCAGCAAUCCGGCCUUGGUUUCUAGCAGUGUUUUCCAGCGAGGCGAGAAGACAUUGCUGCCGGGCGCUGAGCUCUCCACCUCUCGCUGGGACUCCAGUUCGAAGGCGGCAGCGAAGCUGGAUCCGGGUCUGUCCGCGACGGGCUGGCCAAUGGCUGAGGCCGCGCUGGAGUCUGAGCUGAAGGAGUUUUUGAUGAACCUGCAUGAUUUCAUCUGACUUUGGGCGGAAUCCAAACCGAUGACAGGCAUUAAGAGGAACUAUAUUUAAAUAGCCAGACCUCUUGCUGAUGGUCUUAUGAUACUUAUGUAGGUCAUGUAGAGGCAUCACUUUAAAAUUGAGACUAUUUCAUAAUCAGUUAAGCUCCUCAUAGUAACUUUAAUCCAGAGCCAUCUUUAGGUUGAAAUUUUAAUUUGUCCAGUACUUUGGUUUGACGAAAUACCUGCAAACUUGAUGACAUUCCCAUCAACCCCAGAUUGUUUUUGUGUUGUACAAUAAAUAUUGCACGACCUGUUCAGUGCAUAAUUAACUGAAACAUCACUGAAAUAAACUAAUCUCAGUCAUGGGCGUGAGGUGAGACCAGUUUAUUGCCCUCGAGAUGACCCAAACCCUGGAUUGUUCGCAACAGAGCAGCAGGAGACGAAUCCUAAUAUUUUUGUAUCCGGCACGCAAACAACAGAUGUCUUUUUUGAGUUGAGCUGAACAUUUUCCAAGUCACUGUUGUUCUGCAGACAUCAAAGUUAAAAGCUAAAUUAGCGGUAGGACCUGAAGGGAUGGGUUGGAUUUGUGUGGGCUAUGAAGGGAGGGAGAGGUGGGGUGAUUUGGCAGUUAUGAGAUUACAUUCCUGUACGUUGUUGCAUUAUUCCACCUGAGGGCUGUUGUGUUAUGAAACCAGUAAAGAUAAUGUUGAAAAAAAUAAAGUCUGAAGCUCAGUUAACAUUUCAGUUUUCAAAAACUGUCGUAAAAAAUAAACAGAAUUCUGGAAUUACUUAGGGGACAUCCGCAUCAUUUAAUUACGACCUUCGGUUAGAGAAGCACAACAAACUUUUCUUAUCCCCCUCUUUACAUCGUUGUUGAGCUCUGAGACUUAGAAGUGACAGGAAUAUUUUAUUUCAAAGUGAAUGCCUUCAUCUUCUGUACUGAAUUGUCUCUUCAAUGGGUCGUCUGAGGAGAGGGUGGAGAGUUUCAUUUGUUGGAAUCUUCAGUGAGUUCAGAAAAGAGUCCUCCCUCUCUAGAAUUCUUUUUAUUUAUUUUUUUAAAAUUUUUUUUCUCUUCUUUCCUUUUUAUUUUUAAUUUUUUAAUUUUAUUUAUUCUUGAUCCCUUCUCUGACCUUCUGUUCUCAAUCUCUUCCUCCUGACAAGGCUUCACCUCUCCUCGCUUAAAGCUACAGUUAGUAACUUUUAUAAAACUGUGACCCGGAUGUCAUGUGUAAGACACUAGAGCCAAAACAAAGCACCUCCCAGCUAAACAGCUAAACGGUGCACUAAAAUGUGUUUUUUGAAAACAUUUGAGGCAAGAAAAAGCCAAUGCCGUAGCAAAAAUCUAAAUUCAUAUUUGAUCAGUGACAAUUUGAUCGGAGUUCAUGAGCUUCAGAGCAGUGAUUGACAGCUGCGUUCGAGACUUCUCAGCUCUGAUUCGUUGUUUUCCUUAAGACGCCGUGGAAUCUUGCAAAUUAGGAGCACUAAAAGGAGGCAGAGAAACCUGAUUUUUCACAGCCUUGUCGGGAUACUACUGUCAGGAUAUAGUGACAAUUUAUAUAGUGACAAUUUGAGCAAACAUGAACAAAAACUUAUUUUUAUCAAGGUUACCAACUGUAGCUUUUGUGCUGAUUUUUAUCUUUUCAUUGUUUGGAUGUCAAUCUGCAUAAUGUUUUUCAGUAUUCAGGUGAUAAAAGUGUUUUUUGGUAGUUUUCUUCCAUUUUGUUACAACUCUACAACAUAGUAGUAUCACUCCCAUUAAUAAGUACAGAUGUAUGCUUUGUCCUCAGUCGGCACCAUUGAAUAACAAAAGCAUUGUGUGAAGCACACCAUGCGAAGAGGGGUGAGUUUGGUACUUACUUUGGUAUCUGCAUCGCAGAAAGCCUGAUGGCCAACAUCUGUCUAAACAGAUUUAGAUGAAAUACAAUAUAAUCAUCUGCUCCAAGAUUAAUAGACUCCUUUCUUUAAAAAGCUUUAUCUAACCAGGCAGCUCAGUCGAGAGCAUGUUCUUGUUUACAGUGACAGCCCUCAUGCCCCUGGGUCCGUAACAACUGGCUGAGUGAAUCACAGCUUUGUCCAGAUACUUUAGGGUGAAAUGGGUUCGCUCCAAAGCGAAUGAGCUGUUCUGUCAAACAGUGAGUCUCAGCUUUCCAUUUUGCAAAUGGUGCUCUGCUCAGGGCAUGUGUACUGUAUGUGUGUGUGUGUGUGUGUGUGUGUGUGUGUGUCUGUAUGUUUUAUGUUUUUCAAAUGUGCUGUGUUAUUGUGAAGUUUAGCAGAUGUCAUCAACCAGUUAAAUUUGGGGGUAAUUAAGACAGCAAAAAUACAUCAAUGAAUAAAUAAAUAAAUCAUAUCCAAUAGUAAAGAAAAUGAAUAUAAAGUAUAAAAAUGCUGCUAGCUAGUAUCAUCAUCUUGAACCCUAACAGUUGGUCAGAAUAUAACACCCACAAAUAAUAAGACUGUUAUAAUAUAGAUGCUGCUUCUUAUUCCGCAAAUAUAUUCUCUCAUCUCAUCUGAUUAUAGAGAGCUCAUUUUGAACUUUGGUUAAAAAAACAAACAGUUGGCUAUAUGAGGAAAAGAUGGGAAGGGAAGGGGAUUUAUCUAUUCUGGGCUAUGUGCUAAUGAACAGGGUUUUCUAGCGUAUUAAUAAGAAAUGAAUAACAUAAAUAAUCAUAUUUAUGCAUUCUAUAACACGACAGCAAAAAAUUCCAUUCAGUACCGACAGAUUCAGCGACUGUAUUUCCAUUUUCAUACCUACAAGAACCGACUCGAACUCGUCCUCUGCUCUUGCGGAACUGUUUAUCUGCCGCCAUGUCUACACGGAUAACAAUAACAAACGGCCCGUACUGCGCUUCCGUUGCCCAUGACACCGGAGCGAAGUUCUGACAGCUGAUUCUCCAAUCAGUUUAUAUCCACUCCGAGCCCCCGAAAUAAUCACAUUUGAAGUUAUUUACAGUCGGACGUGCCUCCUAUAACCUCCGGCUGGGGUUGCAGACAGCGCCUUGAACAGAGGAGGGCGGCUGAUUAUGGUGUAGCACGGAGCGCUAGCUCUGAGAAAGCAGGCUUAUUGAGCAGCGUAGCGCUCCAGGCGUGGGGUAGACCGAGGCAGAUCACAGCAGCCAUGCUUACGUUGGCCAGUAAGCUGAAGAGGGACGACGGGGGAAAGACGAGCCGUGCCUCGGGAGCCUCCGACUCCGCCCACAGGGUCUCCAUCAGGGACCGCCUCCUUACCAAAGAAGUUGCAGAACUUGAAGCCAAUCUCCCUAGUACAUGCAAAGCCAGUUUCCCAGAUGAGGACAAGCUGCAUCAUUUUCAGCUGGCAGUGUCUCCCGAUGAGGGUUACUACCAAAGUGGAAGGUUUCAGUUUGAAAUAGACGUCCCCGAAGCCUAUAACAUGGUGCCUCCUAAAGUGAGAUGUCUGACCAGAAUAUGGCAUCCUAACAUCACAGAGACUGGAGAGAUCUGCUUGAGCUUAUUGCGGGAACACUCUAUUGAUGGCACAGGCUGGGCCCCCACUAGAACUUUACAGGACAUUGUCUGGGGAUUGAACUCCUUGUUUACUGACCUGUUGAACUUCGAUGACCCUUUGAACAUCGAUGCGGCGGAACAUCAUCUGAAAGACAAGGAGGACUUUCGGAGUAAGGUUCAAGAUUACAUCAAGCGCUACGCCAGAUGAUAGAAGCAUGGGCUUCCUGAGUCAGCCUGCACCAACCAACCAAACUGCUAAUCUUGGCCAACUACCCCCCCCCCCCCCCCCCACACACACACACACACACACACACACACACACACACACGUCAAUCAACAGCUGACUCUUUGACUCUCCCCUUGCUGCCCUGCUGUUCACAAGAUUGCAAUAAACUCCACAUUGCAAGAACAUAAUAAGAAACAGAAAAAUAACAAAAUACAAAAACGAUGUGUUUGAGUAAAGACUUGCAUACAAAAGAAAAUUACGCUUUAAUCAUCCUAAUAGAUUGAGUGUCCCGCUCAAUGUCCGGUCAUUGUGGCGAAAUCACUGAAUGAAGCCGCUUCCCCCGAGGAGUCCCUGAGCCAGAGACGAGCCACGGUAACGACUGGCAAGGGAUGUGGGGAUGAACCGUUGCUCAAAAAAAAAAUAAAGUUGCGUUCAGCUAUUUGAAGAAAAGAAAAUUGACCAAUUUAAGAGAAAGAAUAUCUGUUGCUAUCAGUUCACUGUUUCAGUGCCUGCUAUGUUUGUGUCACUAAAGAGAAAAAUGCAUGAGUUCACAUAAACACACACAGCAUCACAUCCUGCAGUAAAAGGUAAACAUACGUGUACACAGGCCUCCGGCUCCACUACACAGCAUGUGAAUGGCCGCGUUGUCAGGUCUGUCAUUCUCCUUGCAUGUGCAUACCCACGCACACCACUCACAUACACACUCUGUUUUGUGUUCAGCUCCAGUGGGAUAAAGUCCAACUACUAAAACCACAGCCAAAUGUAUUGUACUGUGUUCAGCUUCACCUCUCCUCACUGCCCUUUUGUUGUUUUUCCUCCCUCAGUCCCUCUUGUGUCACUCACACACACACACACAACCACAUGUACCUCUCUCCGUUGAGGAUGGAGAGGUUCAUUCAUACUACAGUGCAAUCAGAAAGUACUAUGACAAUGGCACUAAUUUUGGUGUGUGGUCGCUCUGUACUUCAAUGGGUUUAAUGUGAAACAAUGACUAUGAGUUUAAAGUACUGAUUCAGGUUUUUAAAAUCCCAAGUCCCAAAACUUUACUGUUUUGGUUUAUUCUCACCUUUCACAGCAAACAGACACAGUUAGCAACUAGCAUUUAGCAGCUAAAGAACAAGAUAUCAUUGAUCUGUAUAUUUACGAUCAUGGUCCUAAAAUUAGGACUUGAAUUCUUGAAGAAAACAUUUUAUUUCUCCUGAUAUACAAAUGGUCAUUUUGUGGGUGAAGUAUUCCUUUAAAGCUGAAAGCCGGCACUUUUACCUCACAGUUAUUGUUUCAUGUCAUUGUCAUCGUGCUGCAAUAUGGAAUAAAAGACAACUUACUAUCCCAAGACUGUUAGGACUGCAUUGUACACACCUUUUCACUCUGGUUGCUGUGGGAAUUUCCCAAGCUAACGUGUAGAGUGUGUUCAUCUGGAGGGACAGAACUGCGUUCUCCCUUUCUCUUUGUGUGUGUGUGUAUCAACUGUAUGUUUUAACUGUCAUUGGAUGUGAACCUCUAGAUAAUUGCAGAGGUUCAUACAGUAAAAACAGUAGGAUAGCAAGCAGGCCAGUGAGGUAACACGCCAGCGAGUGAGCUUACUAGCUCACUCGCUCAGAGUCUUUCACUCGCUCAGAGUCUUUCACUCGGCGCGAAGGACUCUGACUUUUCCUCAGUUAUGCGUCGUUCUUGACGUCCAUACAAAGUGUACGUACAUUGGAGGUGUUGCACUCCGGACAGGUUCGGAUGACUGAAGGUAAACAAGUCGCUCACUCGGUAGCCAGUUGGCAUGCUUGCUUGCUACAAUGCUUGCUAGCUCACUUGUUAGCUUGCUGGUGAACUUGAGUAGGUGCUGCUAUUCCACUGCCAUUGUGGCCACAAACUGCGUGUUCAUUUUGUAUGUGUGGUAGAUAGAGAAAGCAAGAGAGGCUGUCACUGAGUUAGCCAGUGAGGGUGUGUUCUACGUAUGCUAGGGUGUGUUCUAUGUAUACUAGGGUGUGUGUGAGUUUUACUUGGUCCUAGCUAGCAUUGUGCCUCCAGUUUGAGUCGUAUAUCUGAACAUCUACACUGUUCUCACUCCAUUCAGCUUCGUGUUCACACGUCUGCAUGAGGCAAAGUCUAUGUGAUCUGACCAGUGGUGCAUUUACUAAGGAUGUCAGAAAUCUAGUUGUUGAAGAUUUUAUGUCAACGGUGUGUGUGUGUGUGUGUGUGUGUGUGUGCAAUGACUGAUAUCAUGUGCUUGUUGAGCGUGUGUGUGUGUGUGUGUGUGUUUGUGAGCGCUUGGUGUGUGGACAGUUAAAGUAUGAUGUGUUGAAAUGAUGUGACUUGUUAGCAUGCUCUGGUUCCCUCUUGCUGCUGCUCCUGUUAUUCUGGCCCAGGGUUCAGCAGCUCAAAUUGUUAGUGUUUUCUAGGUGAAAGUAAACCGAAUAACAGGGAACACUGACUCUGCUGAAAUAAAGGACCUCACAAUAUGACAAAAUAACCUGGUCCGUUGAAAGCAAAUGUGAAUGUGGGCGUUGUGUGGUAUUUUCCAGCAUGGUGUUGGACCACUCAAACCUGGAAGGCUAAUGUAACUGCCUAUCACCAUGGCAGUUCAUUGUCGUGGUAGCAGUUGCCUCCAGGAUACGGUAGCUCUGUACUCUGUACUUAAUGUUAGCCUUACUAAUACUCUGACUUGUCAUAUGUCCUUUACUUUGGCAGUUAGCAGUGUUCAUUUCUCCCAGGAUGCUAUUGCGACCAUAUCUCUGCUUGGGCUAAUGCCAUGUUUGGGCCAGAGGAGAAGAUUAACAAUUUGUUCUUCUUCAUAUCCUCAACCGUUUCUUUCUCAGAUUGUAUAUCCAUUUUUUUAAGAUAUAUUAAAAGAGAAUAUAAAUACAACAAAU